UUUAAAUCAGCAUUUACAUCAUCUUUUUUCUUGAAAAGGCAGUUGUAAUGUCGUUGUAUACUGUUGCUGAUGGACUUCUUGGAACUCAUGUUACCUGGGAAGAUGUGCUGGAAGAAAUGCAAAAGGCAUUGGAUACAACUGCCACUUUUGGAGAUGACAAAACUGCCACAAAUAUCAGUGAUAUGAAGGGAUUCAUGUCCAAAAUAGCUCUGGUCGAACCAAAGUGGGUAGGGGCUUCUGAAAACGAGGAACUGCCUGAAAAGUUUGUGGUCAAGAUUUCAUCUCAACUUCCAUUCAUUGAAAUGACCAAGCUUAUGGAUUUUUCUUCCGGUGAUGAGUUUUGGGAUGAUGCAAAACUGAAAGGAAUGGGAGAAGUUACAAGAUUGCUUCAUAAUAGAGAAGUUGCCACGUACAAGAUUUUGAUGAGAGAAAAGCAUCCAAAGAUUCCAUUCACGAAGGUUUACGCAUCAAAGCCAUUUGACGACGAGAAUAAAUUGAAGGCUUAUUUGAUUUCCGAAUAUUAUCCAAAUAUUCAUCAUAUUGGAAUGCAUGAAAGUAUUCCAGCUGAAGAUCUGAUUCCAGUUAUUCAUGCAAUUGCUGCAUUUUCUGCGAUUGGUAUGAAAUUAAGUGAAGAGGAGACAAAAUAUGCUCGCGGAGCCGACUUUUUGGAUAUUGUUUUUGGACAAUUCAUGGAUGAGAAGUCAAUUGAAAGAAUGAAUGUACUGCUUAAAGCGUCAUUCCCAGAAGAGUAUUUGGAGAAAGUUGAGGAAAUGCUGAAAAUCUACAAAGACUAUUAUUUCCAACCGCAAAUGAUCAAAAAUUUCAAAAAUACAUGCCAAUUCUUUGGUUAUAAACCAGUUCUCACCCAUUCUGAUUUGUGGAGCUCAAACUUUUUGUGUACUCGAGAUGGAGAAAAAGUUACAUUGAAAGCGAUUAUUGAUUUCCAGACAGUUUCAAUCACAACUCCAGCACAAGACGUUGGCCGAUUGUUUGCAUCAUGCUUAUCAACAAAAGAUAGAAGAGAAAAGGCAGAUUUCUUGUUGGAAGAAUACUACAAUACAUUUGUAAAUGAACUUGAUGGAAUGGAUGUUCCAUAUACAUUCCAACAACUUAAAGAUAGUUAUCAAGUUUACUUCCCACUAAUGACUACAAUGGUUCUUCCUGGAAUUGCACCAAUGCUCCAACAUUCAAAUGUAACUGAAGAAUACAAAGACUCUAUGAAACAAGUGGCACUAGACAAAAUGAUUGGACUUCUUGAAGAUGUUAUCACAACUCACGAGAGCAAUAUUAAAAACUUCCCAAAAUAUUUUGAAUUCUAAGUUCAGCAAUAAACAAACUGUUUUAAUAAAAGUUUUAUUUGU